AUGACCUCGGUUCUCAGCUCGUUCUUCUCCCGAGAUCCCAAGUCUAACUUCCCAUUCGAGCUACCGAAUGACUUCUUUGCACAGAAAGAUGGGAUACGAAUGGGUCACAGUUUUAGAAAGGUAAGUGUUUUGAUUUUAUUCGUUCAUUUUUAGGUCUUCUUUUGAUUUGAUGGAUGAAUUUUCUAAUAAAUUAAUUUCAGGCCGAUCCCAACGUUAAAGCCACGUGUUUUUGGACUCAAAGCGAUGUUCAAAGUCUGAGGGUGCAAACUCAGAAGCUUAAGACUAUCAGACAUCCAAACGUGUUGACAUUUUUGGACAGUCUUGAGGUGAGAAAUUUCUUAUUGUUGAUGAGUUUAGGUUCGAUGUUUGGGAGGGGUUUUGAGCAAACCAGAGAGUUAAAAAUUUCGCGGGAGCUGACUCAUGAAGUCUUUUUGGUUUUUUUGACAAGCAGAAGUCGUAUUUGCAUCUGAUUUUUUCACUGUUUCCAUUUUUUUCACACGUAUAGUGUAAUAUAAAAAGACCUUAUAAAUUCUAAAAAAAUCAAAAUUUUCAGGCUGAAAACUCUUUCUACUUGAUCACCGAGCCUUGUGUUCCACUCCGGACAUAUUUUGAGGAUAAAGAUCUUGAUGAUGCCAAGAAAGAAUUGAUUGUUUCCUGGGGCUUAUAUCAGAUCUUGAGUACAUUGAAAUUCCUGCACAACGAAGCCAAGAUCAGUCAAAACAACAUCGAAGAUUCGAUUUAUGUGACGGAAAGUGGUGACUGGAAGUUGAGUGGGUUCCAGAGGGCAGAUACGAUAAGGUAACAACUUUUAUUUUUAUUUUUUCUGUAUUUAGGUAUGAAUAAAGUGGAAAUUCGAGAAAUUCACUUUUUGCAAUGUAAAUUUGUAUAUUGUAGCUCGCCAAAAGCUGAUCUAAAUGGUCUGGCCGACGUGAUAUGGCAAGUUUUCAAUGGAUUCGAUCAAUCUCCACCUCAAAACAAGACCUUAACCAAGAUUCCAAGGCGACUUCAAGGACUUUUCAAAAGACUUGAUUCGAAAGGAAAGGUCUUUGCCGCAGGCGAUUUGCUAAGUGGUAAGUGCUCAGAUAGCAUUUUGAAGAUGAUUUUAUAUGUGUUUUCGGAGAGAUUUUACCUUGUUUUAGCUCGAAUAUUGGGAAUUUAAAUUUUUCAAAUUCCAGAAUCCAGAGCUAACGGUGGCUUCAUGAAGAACAAAUUUGUUGACACCUUAUUGUUCCUAGAAGAGUUCCAGCUGAAGGAUUCAGCGGAAAAAUCCGCAUUCUUUAUGAAUUUGAAGGAUAAUUUGGGGCUCUUCCCGGAUGACAUCGCCAAGUAUAAAUUGUUGCCCAAAUUAAUACAUGUAAGCGACUUUGGUUGUUUGUGUUUUUAGGUCGGUUACGAUGUGAAAGAGCAUUUUCGAAGAAUCUUUCUAAACUUUUUUGCCACUUGGACAUCUAAAAUUUCGAUUUCCAGACCUACGAAUACGGUGAUGCGGGGUCUCACAUUUUGGUUCCAAUGUUCAAAUUAGGCCGCUUAUUGGACGAGAAUGAGUAUCAGACGAGGAUAGUGCCGUCUCUAGUGAAGCUGUUUAGCUCUCCGGAUCGAAGCACGAGGGUUCGGUUGUUGGAGAAAAUCGAUGAAUUCGCACCACAUCUAAGCCAACAAGUUGUCAAUGAUAAGAUUUAUAGGUAAGGGGAAAGAAGUGGUAGUUGAGGGUUGAAAAUGAGCUUAAAAAGUUUGGAGAUGUUUAUUUAGGGGGUUGACAUGGAUUUUUGAGGUUUUUUUGAAUUUUUUUGGAAAGUUUUCAAAAAAAAUUUUUUUUGAGAUUGGUAUUUUAGCACCCGGAAAUUUAAUUUUUACAUUCCUUAGGGCACAAAAUACGAUUUUACACUUGUUGUCAUAAAAUUUUGGGAUUUUUAAUUUGAUUUUUUUUCGAUUUUCCGAAAUUUUUUCGCUUUUUUUAUUUUUCGAUAAUUUCCACUUUUCAGCAACCUCAUCACCGGCUUCAUGGACACAAACCCGACGGUCAGAGAGAGCACCGUGAAAGCGAUUGUUGUUUUCGCCGAGAAGUUGAACUACAACAACCUGAACGUGGACCUCAUGAAGUAUUUGGCGCGUCUGCAGGGCUCCGACGACCAACCCUCGAUCCGAACGAACACCACGAUAUGCUUGGGCAAGAUUGGCUGCUAUUUGGACCCAUCGCAUCGUCAAAGAAUUUUGAUUAACGCAUUCACCAGAGCCCUGAAGGACCCCUUCCCACCAGCCAGAAUGGCCGGAGUUUUGGCCCUCUCCGCCACGCAACAGUUCUAUAGUUUGGCGGAAGUGGCCGGCAAAGUGAUGCCGGCCUUGUCACCGCUCACGGUGGACCCGGACAAACAGGCAAGAGGGUUUUGGAGAUUGUAGUAGGGAAAAAUUGAAAAAUUGUAUUGUAGUAGAUGAAAAGUGGAAUAUUGAGGUGAAAUGGGACGGUAGGUAAGGAGGAAUGCCUAUUAGAGAUGAAGAAGGGAGAUAAGGUGCAAUUUAAGGGCAAAACAAGUUUUUUUUGUUAAAUUUUUGAUGUUGUACUAGAUGAAAUUAAAAAAUUUUUUUUUCACAAGGAAAGUACCUCUAUGAGGUAUGGAGUUGCAGGUAGGGAUAUAUAUCAAAAAAAAUCGCAAAUUUUUUCUGAUUCAGAAUACGUAAAAACUAGCUGCCCAAUUUUUGUUUGUAAGGGCGAAAAACCCUCAGAACUUUUCUCGCAACACCACGCAAAUGCCUUCUUUACCAAGUUUUUACCAAUUCAAACGCUUUGUUUUGAGCUAAAGUAAACCCUGGCAUCUUGACAACCCUUAAAACGUCAAAUUUGAUUAAUACUACACCAUAAUAAAUGCCCUUUUUUACAUUGGAACUACUAAUUAAGGUGUAGUAUUGAUCAAAUUUGAAAUUUUAAGGCUUGUCAAGAUGUCAGUGUUUACUUUAGCUCAAAACAAAACUUUUGAAUUGGUAAAAACUUGGUCGAGAAGGCAUUUGCGUGGUGUUGCGAGAAAAGUUCGGAGGAUUUUUUGCCCUUACAAACCAAAACCAGGCAGCUAAUCUUUUUGAAUUAGAAAAAAGUUUCGAUUUUUUUGAUUUAUGUCUCGAUUGUAACUCCAUACCCGUAGACAUACUUUCCUUGUAAAAAAAUUAAAAUUUCAUCUAAUACAACAUCAAAAAUUUAUCAAAAAUAAUCCCUUUUGUCCCUAAAUUGAACCUUAUCUCCAAAAUUUAUAAGAAAAGCUUCAUAAAUUUGAUACUGAAUGUAUUUUAACUAAUUUUUUUAUUUUAGGUCAGAGACCAAGCCUUCAAAGCCUUAAAAAAUUUCCUCGAGAAGCUCGAAAAGGCCAGUGAAAAUCCCGAAUUGAUUCCAGAACUGGAAGCACAGGUCAAGAGCGGCGGAAAGGGCUCAUUGUUAAGCUCGGAUAAGGUGAGAUUUACCUUUUUUGGAGGGUAAUAUUACUUGAGACAUGAAAAUGUGAGAUAAUUUUAAAUUUUUGCGAUUUUAGUGGGCCGGGUGGGCAUUAAAAGCACUGUCUGGGAAAUUCUACAAGGGCGCCGUACCUCAGCAGCCAGCACCGGGCCAGCCGGGCCAAAGCCCGCCCGGAAAUCAGCCGGAAUCGGCCCAGCCAACGCCUCCAAGAUCAGUGUCCCCGGCGUUUGUGGACGCCUCAUCGAAGCCCCCAUCCUCGAGAAAUUCGACGACCUCUUCCCCGGAGCAGACUCGCAAGUUGCCGAGCCUAGCGCACCUCAGCGCAGCCCAACCAAAGCCCGCCAAAAAACCGCUGAUCCUGAAAAAAGUGGAGAAAAAAGACCUUUUCGAAGACGAAAAUGGAUGGGGAUUGGACGAUGACCUCAAAGAUUUUAGUCUAGACCAGCCAAACAAGACUUUGGGGGGACAAAAAUUGAAUAAGAUUGAGAAAAACACGGGAAUUCAAGGAAAUUCCUCGAAAAAAUUGGAUUUUGCAGAGAAAAAACAAGAAAAAAGCGCAGCGACAGCGAAACCUGCUCAAAAUAAAUUUGCGAUCCAAGAAACAGAGACCUCUAAAGGCGAUAGUGACGAUGAUUGGGACACUCAGUGGUAA